AUGCAAGAUUUAAAUGUGAUAGAUUUCCACAAAUAUCUCAGAUUCGACAACGAAACACUACAAAUGUUGUUAAAGAUGGUGGGCCCUGAAAUUCAACGUAGUGACACACCUAUGCGACAAAAUAUUUCAGCGAAAGAACGUAUACUUGUAACUCUACGAUAUCUUGGAACGGAAGAAAGUUAUCCUGAACUUAUGUUUCAGGAUAACUUUCUUUCGUUUGCUUACUUUUACUUAACACAAUCGAUAAGUCAAAUUAUUCCUGCGACUUCCUUUGCAAUUUACAAAGCAUUAAAAAGAUUUUCUCAAGCUUUAAAAAGGAAUUGGAAAUGCCAUUCCUGCAAUCGGAUCACGCGACGCAAGGAGGACAACACACCGGUUCGUAGACAACUCUCUCCACUAUCCACUACUGCUGCGGAUGACACGAACUUGUCAUGCGGCGAGGUUCUGGGGACCUCCGAGGGGCAGGUAAAUGACAGCCAAUUAGAUAGUAAUUCUACUACGACCUCCAACCCUCCCGCUGCGGCAAUAAUAUACGACCAGUUUGGGGCGCUGCUUGAUUGUAAGCUAUCCAAGAUAAGUAUUGAUAUAAAAGAGGACAUUACCCACCUCCGUGAAUGCCUCGACGCCUUGAACACCAAACUGGCCGACUAUGAUCGGCGAAUAAAGUCUCUUGAGUCCGUAGAAAAAGAAAAUAAUAUCCUUAAGGCCACCGUUGCCGAUCUGCAGUCUCGUUUAAACAGCCAAGAACAGAUUGCCUUAGGAAAUGAGCUGGAAAUAUCGGGUCUGGAAGAAACACCAAAUGAAAACCCAACUCACUUGGUAUUGACUGUCGCCGCUAAACUGGGCAUUGAGCUUCAGGACAUGGACUUAAAUUACGCACACCGAGCUGGUCCCAAAAACCAAAACAAAAAGACUAACGUGGGUGGGAACCGUAAACUUCAGCGUUCCUUGGUGGUUGCUUUCACCCGCCGAGCUAAACGUGAUGAAUUUCUUAAACACGCGAAAGCUAGAAAAAAUCUAAAGAGUAAGGACAUUCUGAAUCAUGGGCCUGAAAAUAUGAUCUACGUAAAUGAGCGUCUUACUGGUGAAAAUCGACGGUUAUUUCGUACUACGAGAGCAUUCGCAGUCGAACAAGGUUACAGGUUUUGCUGGCUGCGAAACGGAUGCAUAUUUAUUAGGAAAGGGGAUGUCAAGGACGGGAGCCCCGCAAUCCGUAUUAAGUCCGAAAGUGAUCUCAGCCGCCUGCUCUCUGCCCAAACCAAACCGGAUACGGCAGCCACUUAA